GCAUAAAAUGCUUUGGCGAGUUGAGAGCAGCUCACAAGUGCACAAAGACCGAGCAUGACUCGAUUCAUUUUGCUGCUCGUUUUGCUCGUCGCCGCCGCCCUGGCCAACCAAUCUACAACCGAGCCUCAAGAAUCAGAGUUUCAAAAGGAAAUCUUGAAGUUUUUCAACAAAACUAAUGAAUCGCUGAACUGGUUGACGAGACGCGCCUACGAGCAGGACGACCAAAUGAUAAUUUUAAACGCAACAUACUACCGACUGGACCAAAUGGCCAAAAAUGCUGACCGGCGCAUCAGUCAGGUCAAUGAGGAAAGGAAGAAGGACAGAGAGCAACUGGAGGCUUUGGUAAAUCUUACCGAGCGCCACAUUAAGUCCAUUCAAAAUAGAUUCGUACCGUACUGCAAAGUCGCACGAUCGUCAAACUUGAAGUUGCUGUUGAACGGAAAGAUGUACUUGUUUUCUCACCAAAAUAAAGCAAGCAUCUCGCAUAGCCGCAAAUUUUUUUUAAUUAUUCUUCAACAGGGAAACUGGAAUUACGCAAAUGAGAUUUGCACCGAAAAAAACCUCCAUUUGGCCAUAAUCAGAAAUCAAAAGGACGCUCAGGAGGUUGUGGCAGAAGCAAAAAGAAUUAUUUCUAGUCAUUCUUGGUGGGUUUCGGCGAAAAACCAAGGAAGUGGAGGUCGAAAGGACUUCCGGUGGAACGACGAGACCAAAUUGGAGUUGGACAGUCCGUUGUGGUGGGACGAGGCGGACAAGACACAGAACUGCGUCCGCAUCUAUGAUUGGCCCAACGGAAAAUUGAAUAGCCUUGAAUGCACAGAUUUUCGGCCUUUCAUUUGUGAACUGCCAAACGAAUGCUAUUGAAAUCAAUUUUGAAUAUCGCCACAAUCAAUUAAGCUUUUGUAUGCAGUGAGAAGCCAACAAUAAACACAAUUUGCUGAAUAGUUCUGCGA